UUUAGCAGUUAGGCCUGGUCUCCGUGUCUCCUGGAGAUACUCCGAAUGAGCAGUCUUAGACAUUCUAUUAAUGGAGUCCGCCUUCCUAACAUGCCCAGACCACCGCCGACAGGCCUCACACGGCAUUCUGGGAUAUCUUCAGCCCAUUACCUGCUCUUAGCUAAUUACUUUUUCGCCGUGCACUCGCACAAUAAUUGGUCUUGUGCUGCUGCCUCCCCUCCCUCUGCUGCGCCAAGUGGUAGUUUGAGCACCCCCCCCCUCUCUGUGUCGUCCUUAUUCCCCUGUUUUUUAUCGUCCUCCAAAAGCCAUCCAAUUAAUAUGCUAAUGAGCUGAUAAAUAUUUAUAGGAGUUUAAAUUAUGCAGAAAGCUUUCAGAGCCUGGUGUGAAAUGCGUCGCUCGCAGGACUUCAAAGCCUUGCAUUGCUAACGAGGCAGGGGCAGAUUUGCAUACGGCUUUAAUCAGCUGAAUACUGAUUAUGCUUCAUUAUAGAGUUGGAGGGAGCGGAGUGGAGUUAGAGGAGGCUGCCAGCUGCACUUGUCGUUUGUUUCAUUCCAGCAAGAGAGGGAGAGGUUGAACUUUUUCAGAAGUACAGCAAAUCUUUGGCACACGAGAGAAAGAGGGAGGGAGAAAGAAAGGGAGAGUGAAGUAGGUGCUGUAAAAGAGAGAGGGGCAGAGCUAUAAGAAAAGAAAAGAGUGCACAGAGAGAGGCAAGGAGAGCUGUUUGCCUAAACCCUGUUGGCUUUCCCAGUGUGCGUAUCCCAGUGUUAUUCAGUGAACCGUGUGGUGGACAGUGCCACCGUGUCUGUGUCGCUGUGGUUGUAUUGAACUCUGCUCGCUGCUGACCAGUGGAGAGUGAAGAGAGGGAGGAGGAACAGAGUGCCGGACACCCUGUCGGAGGGUUUGCCCGACACAAGCAAUUUUCCGUGAUAGGUUCAGCAACCAUGCUGGAAGCAAGAGCGGAUGCUAAAGUGAAUAAUCAGUCAGAAACUACUAAAUGUGCAAUGGAAAGUGGUGACGGGAACACCGGAAUCCAAACCAAUGGAUUUGACUUUUCGAGGCAGAUGGUGCCAACCACAAGUGCAAUCACUAAUGCACAUGCACAAGCCCUCCUCCAACAGUCUAAGUCGGAAGACUCGAGUGCUCUUCCGACCUCCGUCCAGCAGAGCGUAUUGCCUCAAACCCAGCUAAUGUUGGCCGGGGGACAGAUUGCUGGAUUGACCCUGACCCCAGCGCAGCAACAGCUGUUGAUCCAGCAGGCCCAGGCUCAGCUCCUGGCUGCAGCCGUGCAGCAUUCAGCCAGCCAGCAGAACAGCACCACUGGGGCCAACAUCUCAGCCUCCGCAGCCACACCCAUUACCCAGCUGCCCCUGUCACAGCCCAUCCAGAUUGCCCCUAAUCAACUGCUGACUGUCUUUCUGGAAAAUCAGCAGCUACAGCAGCAGAACCAUCUAAGUCUGCCUCAGUUUGUUCUGGUGCAGCCUGGCCACCCGAUCGCCACAUCAUUGCAGCCCGCUCAGUUCAUCAUCUCACAGACACCGCAGUCCCAACAGGGUAUACUGCAAGCCCAGAGUCUUCUAACUCAACUACCUCAAAGCCAAGCUAACCUCCUGCCGACUCAACCAAGCAUCACCCUUGCAACUCAGCCUGCAACUCCAACCCGCACAACAGCAGCCACACCUAUUCAGUCCCUGCCCCACAGUCAGACACCACCCAAACGGUUGGAUACCCCCACUCUGGAGGAGCCUAGUGAUCUGGAGGAACUGGAACAGUUUGCCAAGACCUUCAAACAGAGGCGUAUCAAACUGGGCUUCACACAGGGGGAUGUCGGCCUGGCCAUGGGGAAGCUGUAUGGAAACGACUUCAGUCAAACUACCAUCUCUCGUUUUGAGGCCUUGAAUCUGAGCUUUAAGAACAUGUGCAAACUCAAGCCAUUGCUGGAGAAGUGGCUCAAUGAUGCAGUUUGUGCAGAGAACCUGACAUCUGACCAGUCCCUGUCCAGCCCCAGUGCCCUGGGCUCCCCGGGCAUGGGCAUAGAGGGGAUCAACCGCAGACGGAAGAAGAGGACUAGUAUUGAGACCAACAUCCGAGUGGCCUUAGAAAAGAGCUUUCUGGAGCAGAACCAAAAACCUACCUCUGAAGAGAUCACCAUGAUCGCCGACCAGCUUAACAUGGAGAAGGAGGUGAUUCGGGUCUGGUUCUGCAAUCGCCGGCAAAAAGAAAAGCGGAUUAACCCCCCCAGCAGUGGCAACAGUGGAGGAGGCAGUACCCCCAUCAAAUCGAUCUUUACCCCCAGUAGCCCUUUGGUGGCCAGCACAGCAAGCCUUGUGAGCAGUCCAACUAUUAACACCCCCCCCACUCUGACUGUAAACACAGUGAUGCCUCUCACCAGCACCAGCGUCUCCGGUUUGUCUUUCACAGGCACAAACACAGCAUCCGUCAUCUCCACUGCACCUAUGGUUACUACAGCAACCAGCUCGCCAUCUUUAAGCCCGUCGCCAACAACUAUUCAUUCCACGACGACAGAGAGCAAGGCUGGCACUCAAGCGCAAACCAUCUUUACCCAGGCGCCGACCUCCUUAGCCACCACGUUAGGGACGGGUCAGGUGAUGGUGGCGGCUCCGGGGUUAUCUGCGGCGCUGCAGGGUGCUGCCCAGUUACCCACCAGUGCUAGCUUCGCUGCUAUGGCUGCUGCUGCUGCAGGGCUAAACCCAGGACUGAUGGCCUCCUCCCAGUUCACUUCAGGGGGGGCCCUGCUCAGUCUGACGCCUGGUGGCCUUGGCAGUGCGCUGAGUCCUGCCCUCAUGAGCAACAGCACCCUAGCGACCAUCCAAGCUCUGGCAUCGAGCGGCACAAUCCCCAUCACAUCUCUGGACGGCAGUAACCUGUUGUUCGCCAACACCUCUGCUGGUAACACGCCCAACCUGGUGACCACGCCGCUCUUCUUGAAUCACCAGAACCUGUCUCUGCUUACCAGCAACCCCGUCAGCCUGGUGUCGGCCGGGGCGGGGGGGCUGCAGGUCACUUCUGAUGGUCAUCAUCAUCAAGCCACCACGGCUGCUGUGCCUGUGCAAGCCUCGACCAUUACCACUGCCUCCAAGGCUCAGUGAAGCCAGUCGGGCUGCAUCCUGAAUUAACGCCCUAUUUCUUAUGUCGUGCACUACUCCUAUCACACCAUGUAGGGAAUAAGGAAGUUGUUUGAUAGGCUCUGCGCUUCACUAACCACCCCAUUUUAUCUUCCAUCUAUCAUUAUUUAAUCCUUUUGCUGCCACCAAAAAGAAAACAACCUCAAAUGAGGUUGGGGUUGAAUUUUUGUUGUUUGUUUGUUUCCAGUCUUUUCCUUUAUGAUUCUUGGAUGUUUUUUUUUCCACAAACAGUAGCCAGAUGGACACUGUUGUUGGCCUGCCACUCCUCAUGAACCUUGACAAGUGUCCAGGCAGAAAAAUAUCCUUGGCACCAUCAAGCUGUUCACAUUGUGUGUGUGUGUGUGUGUGUGUGUGUGUGUGUGUGUGUGUGUAAUUUUUUUAUAUAUAUAAAAAAUUACACACACCAUUUCCAGGUCAGAAUUUUCUCUGAAAUACUUCUAACCAAAAACUUUAGGAUUUUGCUCUUUUAACAUUAAAAUUAAACUGAUUUACUACUAAUCACAAUAUUCAUCAUCACUAAUGGGGAUUUGUGUGUCACCCCAUCUUUAAUUAUCUCUCUUGGGUUUUUUGGACAGGCCUUUUGACGUAAAUCAUAUCAAAGUUAUAUUGUAGAGACUUUUUUUCUUUCUCUGCUAACUAUGUUUUUUGACAUUUUCAGAACUUUGUAAGUCAAAUAAGUUAAGAUUUAACUAUCAAUUUUUAAUCGUGGUUAUAAGGCUUUAAAAACAAGUAAUAAGUGGCCGAUAUAAAGGUUAUCAUUGCUUUAAGGGUCGGAGGGACCAGACGUGUCUCUCUGAGUCUCUCUUUCUGGAAACACUGAGUUUUACAUUUUGCUGCAGUAGCGAAGCAACCACCGAGCUUUUGUAAAAUGACGGUCUAGGUGCGGAUCAUAAACACUGAUAGAAAAUGACUGAAAACAUUGAGCUUUAUAAAGAGCUGCACACAUGCAGUCCUGUGUCCAACAAAGGAUGAUUUGUUUUGGAUGGUGGUCUAUUGGAAAACUGUAUAUUAUGUUUCAGAGGUAGAAAUUAGAAGUCUGCAUGUGUUGUGUACAGCUCAGGCAGAUGCUGAGAGUUCAGUUACCUGCAUGAUCCACAAGGCUCUGCGGAGGACUGGUCUCUUUUGGGGAGGACUAGUCAGGGGGCCUGACCAUCAUACCAAAUGGAUGGUGGCAUUGGCUAGAUGGAGAUAUUGUGUUGUGUUUUUGUUUUCUUUUUUAAUGGUAGUACCGUCGUAUCUACUUGUGCACAGUAUCUGUACCAAAAAACUGGAUUGAUGAGCUGCAGUCUGGCUGUUUUGGGAGGAAUGAAAUUCUGUCAUUUUUGUCUGCAGUCAUUUGACUGGCUUACGUACUUUAAGAUAUACCAAAAAUAUUUGUUAAAAUAAUUGCUGUGUGUAGUCGGUGUAGCUUAGUCUAGUCAAUAUAUUUAUGAGUACAGAAUCUCUCUCCAUUGUCAACAGAAUAUAGAAAUGCAAUAUUUUGAUGAUCAUUUUCCAAAGAUGACCUUUUUUUGUUUUAAUUUGACCGAGUGUCUCAUAGCUCAACCUUUGAAUUGGCAGCACAACUUACCAAAAAGAAAGGGGUUGGCGCGUUGGGGCAUGAGAAAAUGGUUUCCUUUUCCUUUUUAUUUUUUAUUUUUAAUCGGUUUUGAUUACCAGGGCCCCGCCCCUAAUGCCUGAUCCUGGUUUUCUUUGAGCCAUUUCAUGGCGUGUUUUCCUUUUCAUCUGUUUUGGCCAUUUUGGUAGCAGCUUUGGACUUUUCUGAAGCCUAAUUUGAAAAGUUCUGUUUUUUGGUUUUGUACUAAUAUUCAGCCAUAAAACAACAGCUUGAACCAAAGUGGUUUUUCUCAGUAGUUGCUGUGCCUGUUCGAGCACACAAGUUGCAGUUCACAUGUUCUCUUAACUCCACACUGCUGACAAAUGAUUUUCCUCCUCUCCCACCUCAGACAAUAUCUAAUAUUCCUGAUUUGGUGCUGCUGGAUAAGGAUCACAGAAACUUAGCUUUAACAACUUGCUGCUUAAACUCCUGGCGGGGGUUAGCUGUUGAGAGGCCUGCAUGCUUUCCUAUAGCUUUAUGACUACAGCCUGAAAAUCAGGUUUUGUGGUUUAGACCCUCCUGUCUGGAGGGCUCACCUAUGUAAAUGCAUAGCUCUGAUCAUCAGAUGACUUACUACUCAGCACUGCUAUUUCAAACCAGCAUGUUAUGAAACUAUAUGCUGCUCCCUAAAUCUAUCUGUGGACUAGUUUUAAAACAUGCCAAAUUAUUUUACUCGGCACAGUGUUGGGCUAAGUCCUGUUACGUGCUACACAUUCAACUAAACCCCACAUAAAAGUAGCAUUGUUCUGCUGCUUCCAAAUAACAAAAUAAAUUACCACAGUGAAAUCACUGAGACUGCAAGCAGCGAAGUUUGUCCACGUUAUCCUCUUGUGUACUUCUUUUCUGUUGUCGAAAAAUUUUAACUGAAUAUACCUCAGCAGCACUUAAAGACAAGGUUCACCUUUAGACAUUUCUGUGUAUAGAACAGUGUAGAAUGUAUAAGUACUGUCUGGCUUGCCAUUCAAAGGUUAUACUGAUGAACCCUACAUAGGAACCACACAUAAAAGGACAACCUACUACUGCUAUUUUCUAGUACUACUAUUUAUGGGGUAUUUCCAGGUUUAAUUAUGAUUUUGAGAUCCUUCUUGCCAAAGUAAAAGCCUUUGUCUUUGUAGCUGGGCGUGUGUCUGGCUGCUCAUGUUGCUGGUUUCCCCGUUUCUGAGGCCAAAACGGGCCUAAAGGACUCAGUCCUGUUCCAGUGCUGUUUGUAGUUUCUAAAGAGUUGAACAUGUGCUAGCAAGAUGAACCAGUUGCCAUCGGCACCAUAGGAUGUUACUGAAAUAUUUAUCUGAGGAAAGACUUAAGAAUUAGAGAAAUGAUCUUUUCUUAAUUCUAUACGUAUAAAUAAAUAUAUAAACACUUGUAAGAUAUUCAUAUUUUAUAUUUGAUCCAGUAUGUUAUCAAGACUGAAUGUAGUGUUUAUCAUGCUUACUCAAAAAAAAAAAAAAAGAAUCUCCCCUUAAAUCUUCCUUUUUAUUAUUGAAAAACCAGAUUAUUAUUUUUUUUUUUAAACUGUCAAGACCAAAAAAUAAAAGAAGAAAUCUGAGACCACGCCGCGGAGGUGCGUGAGUCGCUGACACCUGUGUCUGUCGUGUAUCUGCGAGGUCUUUUCAACAGGAGGGACUGUUCAGGCGCUCCUGACUCUGAAGCAUAUGAUCUUAAACUUUUAAUAAUUAUCUUUAUGUUUUGUUUUUUUGGUUGAGUCAUUGUGUACUUGAUUUGUUGUGCUGUCUUUAACAAUCAUUUGAUUUAUAAAAAAAAAAAUUACUUUAUGCCUUUAAUUGUUUUAUAUAGUGUGAGAGGGCAAGAUCACUGGCUUUCUUAGUUUGACAAAGAAGAUUAACAUUAUCAUUUAUGCCUUAUUGUUACGUAGAAGACAUGAGCAUUGUAGCAUUGUUGUGUGUGUGUGUGUGUGAGCGAGAGAGAGAGCUUGAACGUUGAGCUCACCUGGUGCAUUGUUUUCACUGAAACAAUACGGUGUACUUAGGGCAUUUUGGAGCGUUAUUUUGUUGCUACCUAUGUUUUUUAGGUAGGAUUCAGACAGGUUGAUGAUGCCUGUGAGAAAAGCUUUACUAAUAAUUCCAGCAGGUGGGGGUGUGUGUGUGUGUGUGUGUUGUGUGUGUGUGUGUGUGUGUGUGUGUGUGUGUGUUUUAAAAUGAGAGAAGAGGGAGGGCAGUCUGUAAACCAUUAUGGUGCAUUUUUUUUUCCAUCUUCCAGCAGUUGUUUGAGAGUGAUUUUCUUAAAAAAGUGGUGAGACAUGAGAGUACAUAUUUUUGUUUUUGUCUGGAGGGAGGUCUCUACUGAGUAACUAAAGCAUUUAAGCAAGCCAGUAUUUGGUUUUUAAAGGAAAAAGUACAGUUUGUGGUUGUAGUUUGUUAGUUUCCUAUUAACUUGUAAACUGAUGACCUUUUUGGCACUGGCUUGGCUUUAAGGCUUUAGUUUUAUUACGUGAUCCUGAGAUUUUGAGUUGUUCUUGUGAAUCAGCCGUGCAUAAAGUUGAAGUAUGUUGAUCCACCACACUGGUUUGCUGGUUUUCAAUGUUGACGAAGGAAGUUUGGAGCACCAGUAAGGAAAAAUGGAGCUGUUGUAUACCUCAUUUCUAACUCAAGACUGAGUGAAACCUGCUUUAAUCUACUUAAGAAAUAAAAAUAUUUAAAAAAAAAUCACAAACCCCCCCAUGAAAAUACACAAACUUGUCGGUGGAGAAGCCCGUUCCUACCUGUACUUCGUGGAAAGGGUUGUGGAAAAUGUGACCACAAGGGGGAGACAGAAUACAUACCAGUACUCAUGAAUGUCUGCUGUUUUUCUUUCACAAUUUGGUGUUUUUAUGCUGCAUACUGAUGUAUUUCAGCAUUGGAUAGAAUUGAAUUGUGCUAACUCUCAGUUAAAAGUUACAUUUUGUUAUUUAAAUAGACCACCCCUCUGAACACUUUAAGUUGACAAUCCUGUUUUCUUUUAAUUUAAAUUUUAUUUUCACUCUGACCAAGUACAGGUGUGUACGUGUCUUCCCGCAUGUUGGUGCGCUGUCGCAAGCCCGCUCUCACUUCCCUGUGGUACCAACAUUAACCAAAGACUUCUAACUUGAUUGUAUAUGAACGACGCCCAUCUUCCGCCCCAUCCCCGCCUCACUGCUCAGCAUCAAAUCCCGGCUGCACGCUCUCACCCGAGUCCUCGAUUCAUCUGUAAAGCUUUUUAUUGCAUGCGAAUGUGUAUCCGCUUGGAAACACGCCAGCAUCCUGUCCGUGCUGCGGUUUCAGUGCCUGUGGGCGGGGAUCAGAGGGGGGGGCGGGCUGGACAGGGGAUGAGCGGGCUUCUCCGACAGACACGAACCAAUCCGGUGGUAGCUGGGUGAUGUUUGUUAAUACACACUGAGGGUUAAUCCUGUGCACACUGUACAUGCUCAGGACUGUAUGUUUGUCUGUCUCGAGUGCUGUUGCUAGGAUGUCCCCCCCCCCCCCUUCACUUUCUCUCUCACUCAAGGACUGUGGUGAAAAUGCUGUUCCUGCCUCUCACAGUGUGUCUGUCUCUUCCUCACCUUCUGUACACUGUAUAGUCCCAGGACAUUUACCCUGUUGUCUCCAGGAAUACACAUCCUGCGGUUGCUGAAACUCACUGCUGUGUCCCUGCUCCUCCUCCCUUUUCCUCCUCUUCUGCUCUCUCCUUUGACAUUGUCUCCUCACUAAUAGACUCUGAUCAGCUGUGACACUAUGCAUCAUGGUCCUUCACUCUGCAUGGACUGUGUCCCUCCGGCUCAGAACUCUGGCCGACGGGCUUCAGUGACACUUUCUUUAAUGCUUUACUCCAAGUGAGGUUGUAGGACCUCACAAGCGCUAUCCCAAAGCAAAAAUCCAAAUAUUUAACUUUUGACAAAUGCAGAUACCAAAGAUAUCUCUGUCCUGUGUCUUUCUCUCACAGUUUUUUCUCUCCCGUCCACCCUGCAGCAUGUGUAUUAAGAGACAAACCCAGCACUGGCUUUAGUCCUAGCCUCAGUAAUUCCAAAGCUUAGAUGUAUAUUUUGGUAUAUUUCUGAGAAAAACUUGCGUGAAAAGCAUCUGAUUCUUGUUUGUUUGUUGUAAUCUCUCUUUUCUGUCACAGCAUGGAACUAAUUGCAGAACUGUCUUACUCUUGGUAGGUUAAAAAUAUAGUAUUUUUGUAUGUUUUUGGGUGUGUCGUGUGUGUGAUUUAUCAGUUCACAGCCCAAGUGACCAUGGCUUUUAACAAGAGAGAAAAACGAGAAAAAAAAGCCAACCAUGUACAUAUUACGUCUGUGUAUCUCAAGAAAUGCAUUCUGUAAAACAUUUACUACUCACAUAGGAAGCUUGGGCUCAUCUUAAGGAAUGUGUCCCCAAUUUUAUUUUUUUUUCUUGUUCUGCAGUCUGAUAAGAAUUGUCUUUUGAGGACUCUCUAAUGUAAAGAGUUCUGGUUCCCAUCACGGACAACAAAACUGAGGGACUACAAGGAAAAAAAAAACAAAAACCUGCCUCCAGUCAUGGGGGCACAGAACUGAAAGAUUGUGUAGGAGUUUAAGUAUGUGAAUCAGGAUACAUAGUAGAUUUUGAUGCAUUUGUCUGCUGUAUUUUUGUUUGUUUUGUUUUUAUACACAUAUAAAGAUAAUCUUUUACUGUUAAUGUACAGUUCUCUUUUGUUGUAAACAUCAUUAAACCAUUUUCCAAGUGUU